AUGGCUGAAGAAUAUGUCCAGUUUGUCGCUCAGAAUGCAGCUCCCAAGGCCCUGUCUCUUAGUACAAUAAAAGAAGCUACCAACCAAGAUCCAGUUCUUCAAUUUCUUCGCGAGUGUAUCAUGAAGAACAAUUGGCCCAAGGUUAGUAUGACACGUCCAUAUCAUGGUAUCAGACACGAACUGACUGUUAUUGAUGACAUUAUCCUUCGCGAGUCCCGUAUCUUGAUGCCAACGUCUCUCCGAGAACGAACGUUGAAACUAGUCCACGAAGGGCAUCAGGGCAUCGUGAAGACAAAACGACUGCUAAGAGAAAAGGUCUGGUGGCCUGGUAUUGAUCAAGCCAUAGAACAGCUAAUUCGUACGUGCAUUGCAUGCCAAGCCCAAGGUCCAGUGUCCACACCACCGCCCCUUCACAUGACGACUAUGCCAAGUCAGCCAUGGCAAACUCUACAUGCCACUCUGUGCGGACCGUUUCCCAGUGGAAAAAGUCUUCUUGUCAUGGUAGAUACCUGCUCCCGUUGGCCAGAAGUACAUGUUAUGAAGAGUACUACGUCCACAGCUAUCAUAAAAUGCAUGAAGACCACAUUUGCAACCCAUGGAAUCCCGCACGAAAUUGUUACUGACAAUGGACCACAAUUCACCUCCGCUGAGUUUGGUACAUACCUUUCCAAUUGUGGUAUUGUACACCGUAAAGUCACACCCUAUUGGCCCCAGGCAAACUCCGAAGUAGAACGUUUUAACCGAACUGUAGAAAAAGCAAUACGUGCGGCGAACGUCGAAGGGAAAAAUUGGAAAGAAGAACUUGAUGUUUUCCCACUGAAUUAUCGUUCAACUCCCCACUGUACAACGGGGAAACCACCUGCAGUUCUCCUUUUUGGCCGUAACAUUAGAAAUAAAAUACCCGUGCCACCAACAUCGACACCAGCUGAUGACAUACCAAUAACAGUUCGUCAACAUGAUCGCGAAAGAAAAGAGAAAAUAAAUUCUUACGCUGAUGACCACAACCGAGCUUCAUCGUCCGACGUGAAAAAGGGAGAUACGGUGCUUCUCUGUCAACCUCGGCAAACAAAAUUGUCGACGACCUAUGAUCCGAAGCCGUACAUUGUCGAAGAAAAGAAAGGGCCCAGUGUGCUACUGAAACGACCCUUUGAACGACAGAUUAUGAGAAAUGAAAGUAUGAUACGUAAGAUUCCUGAUGGAAAAGACGUCGCGGAUGCUAAGAAAAGAGGACUCCAAAAUUGCGGACAACAGGUCAGCGAAGAGAAGAAACAUGAAAAGCAGAACGAGGUCAGUAAAAGACCAAAACGGGUUAGACAGCCACCGGACUAUUACGGACAGAGCUGA